AUGUGCCAAAUUUGCUAUAUUUCUUCUCGUAGUAGCAAGCAGUCAUCUCGAUCCAGCAUCAGCAGCCAAUCACUGCCGGAAGAACAAAUUGCCCCUUCUUCAUCUUGCCAAUCAAUGACCGAGUCCCAACAGAGGGCACCAGCAGCGUCUAAGCAACCGGAAGGUAGUUUUGUUGACAGGUCCGCAACAGAGUCGCGUCGAGAUUCUCAGUCAUCUCAAGAUAACUCAGACAGAAAGCAAGUGCCUUCGCAGGAACAGCAUAAAACAUCCUCUGAAGUAAAAACAAUGGCACCAGGUGGCGCUUCGUCCCUUUUUCGGCGGGACUCCCAAACAGGCAAAGGAAAGGACUCGGAAGACCAUGAUGAUACCAUGCAGAAUUUACGAAAAACCUUUGCAGGAAUCUUUAGAGACAUAUAAACGUCGGCUUUGUGUAUAUUUUAAUUAAACGAUCAACUUGAAACCGAAAAUUUUUCCAUGAAAUUAGGUGCUAAAUCUCAGUUACUAGAUUAGGCUUUACUAGUAAUCUGACUGGUUUAUAUAUUUGCUUCUGUUCAUUGAAUUAGAAUAUUUUUGGUUUGACAUAAAACGUUGAAUCUGGCUAUUCAAAAUUUAAGUAAAAGAUGGGUAAAAAUUUAUAAUUCUAGUAUUACGCCAUUAAAAGUGUCAAAAUAAUUCUUACAAGUAUUAGGCUGAUCAUAUAUGUCCAAUUAAAAUACUGGCCCUGAAAACCUUGUAGUAAGUAGGUACGUUGGUGAAAGCACAACGUUAAGAAGAUAGAAUACUAA